AUGGAUUUCAGGGUUUUCUUGGUGAGAGCUUUGCGCUUAACGUUACUCAACACAUACAAAUUGAAAGGAAUCAUGAGUACACUCUGCACCUCUUUCCACACAGCAAGAAUGACAAAGGGAAAGCGCUACGCUGAUGCCAAAGGCAGCCGCUGUGCCAGAAGAAGGUACUGGGCCACAACAUCUGCUCCGUCUCUCGCAGCUCAAUUUGCUGCACCACUCGCCCCGUGA